UAUAAAGUUCGUAUAAGAGCCGUACCGUGACUUUUGAAAGCCAGUUAUUAUAAAAGUGCCCCAUCACGUCGGUCACACAGUUGUUCGGUCGCCUAAUCAGACGCACAUACGCGGUCGGUGUUAAUAAAGCGGAUCCCAAUAAAAUUAUGGUCGUCACACACAACGUGAAGGGUUUUGAGGAGUUCUCCAAGAAAAUGGAGGAGCUGGAGACUGGAAACAAUGCAGUGCAUGUGUUGUUCAGCGGCGGCAAGGACGAGAACGGCGAGAGCUGGUGUCCAUACUGUGUCAAGGCUGAGCCGGUGAUACACGAUGCUUUGAAGAAGGCCCCCGACAAUUCGCACUUUGUGCAUGUGGAUGUGGGAGAGCGCGCCUACUGGAAGGAUUUGAACUGUCCCUUCCGCAAGGAUCCCAAUACACACUUGAUUUUCUUGCCCACGCUGCUCCGCUGGAAGCAGCCACAGCGUCUGGAUGGCGAGCGCUGCUCCAACAAGGACCUUGUCGAAAUGAUGUUCGAAGACGAGGAUUAAACGGAGUACUUACAAUUUUGACUUAUAUAUUUUAGAACACGCAUACAUACAUACAACACUGAUUAAAGGCGCCUCCUCUCAGUAA